UCUGAGCAAGAGAACAUUCCCUAUGGCCACUUAUGCUUCAAAAUCGAUCUGAGCAAUUUUAGGGCAUUAUAUUCCCACUAGUACUCCACUGCCAACUGUUUUAUCGGCAAAAAGGGAAAACGAUGUAUGUUCAUACUAUGUCGACGUGCUCAUAAAGUCAAUGUUUACCAACCCAAUCAACUAAAAGGACAAAGGAAGAUUAGGAGAUGAUGAUAUUUACUAGAUCAUGUCAAUUGCUAGUAGUGAUCAUGGUAUGAGUAGGCUUUCAUGUCAAUAUUGUACAUGACUCAUUGAUUAGGUCACGCAUUAAUGGUGGACUUAUAUUACUCUGACAUUCUCAAGUCGAUGAUUAUGGUGCUGUAACUUAUAACAUGUUCAAAAUUCAGGGUUGUGCAUUAAACAUCAAACUCAAUUCGUAUAUAGUUAUCAAGGGUUCCUGAUUAUUCUUCCAACAUGAUUCUAGAUAGAAUAAAAAAAAAAUGAGUUCUAGGAUUCUGACCAGGUUUCAUCCCCCAACAAUUUAUCGAGUAGAGUGAGAUCUGUAAGAAGCAAACACGGAUUACUCGCUAGUAUUUGUGCUCCGACGUUAAGUCAGGUGUGAAAAUGAUACAAACAUGCAGAGUAAAAAAUAUUGAUAAACUUGUAUGAGUAGGAAGAGGAAGAAUUCAAAAAUGGCAUGAAUUGUAUCCAUUUGAUUGUAGUUUCUUUCAUAUUGCAAUACCAUUUAAUUUCAUGCAUGUUGUAGCACAUUUAUGCAAUUCAUGGUAGUAAACCAAUGGAGGUUUAGCCGUUUAGGUGUACAAUAUACAACUAGCUACCUAGUUAGCAACGUGCAUGUUUAAGAAAAGACUAAACAUUUCCCCUCCUUUUUAGUACCCUUCCCACUCAAUGCAAGAUUAUUGGCAUUACCAUGAAAACCAGGAGAUUUGCCUAUCAGACUCCCACUUUCCAUGGCCAGCAAUGGAGAUUCAUGGGCCGGUGCCGAUCUCCCACAAUAUGCUGUCCACCAUUCCUGUGGCUCAAAACAAAUGAAUGCCCAAGUCGCCAUGAAUUAAUAUAGGAAAAAAAUUCGAUGCAAAGCCUACAAAAUUUUGUGUUUUUAUCGCUCCUUGUAAGAUUCGUAUUCUAAUCAGGAUGGGCAAUGUAUUAAUUGGAUUUGUAGGUUUUGCAUAUUUGGAUUUUGCAUCGAAGCAUAUGUCACGCUAUACCAUUCUUUAGGUUACAAAUUAGAUGUAUGGGUCUUUCUCUUAUAACUAUUGUUAUCCUCAAGACCUUAACACCUGAUUGUCCAAGUAUAUGACUUCAUAAGAAGCUAGUAUUGAGUUAUAUCCACAAAUAUAUAUGGAUGAUUGUCCGAUAUUUUUCUCCUAAGUUAAAUGAAAGGACCACAUUUAUUAUGUUAUAUGACAGAAAAAAACCCUUUGAUAUUAGAACUUUUCAUUCUACUUUCUAAAACAUAAUUUCUUCAUUUGAAUGUGAUGAUUCAAUCUAUAUCGAGUUAUUGGAAUAAAUCCAUUUUUUAGCAAAUCACAUAACAAUGCAAAUCCACGCCUACCAUUACAUGGUGUUGCAAAAGCAAACACGUAGUAGUGACCUCUCCACGCUUGCUGCCUCUUUACUAUUCCCACUAAUCAUUAUAAUAUGGACCAGUUUUUCCCACUUCUAGAGCCUAUAUAUAUGUGUGCUCUUCCACUCCAUGUCUCUCACAAAAUAGAAGCCUAUCAAACAUUGAACCUUGUUGUUUCUUCUCGAGGGUUUGAUCUAAAGAUGGCUAGGUUGAAGUGUUUAGCUCUUUUGGGUUUGCUAGUUGCUAGCUUAUUGGUUGGGACCACCGAGAGCCGGGUAGCAAGGAAGGACUUGGGCCUGGACCUAGGAGGGUUAGGGCUCGGAGUUGGAGUCGGGUUGGGGAUUGGGCUUGGCGGCAGUGGGUCAGGCUCUGGAGCAGGAGCAGGGUCAUCGGGCUCGUCCAGUUCGAGCUCUAGUAGCUCAUCUUCAUCAUCGAGUUCUGGGUCGGGUGGUGGUGGAUCUGGUGCCGGGUCUGAAGCCGGUUCGUAUGCUGGAUCUAGGGCUGGGUCUGGAUCGGGGUCGAGGGGGAACGAUGGUGGAGGGUCUGGUGGUGGAGGUGGCGGUGGGCGUGGGGGCGGAGGUGGUGGAGGUUCGGGCGAAGGAGGUGGAUCCGGGCAUGGGUCGGGCUAUGGCGAAGGAUCCGGGUCGGGCAAUGGACAUGGGCGGUGAUCACAUAGAGAGGGUGGUGCCAAUACAAGUGAAACUAUGAAUAUGAAUAAAGGCUAAAAAUUGUGAGGUUGUGUUUUGAUUUCUAGCUCUUUGUUGUACCAAAUAAGUGUGUGAUUUAAGUGUGUCAAAUCAUCAUAUAUAUAGCACCUUUUGACUUUGAGUUUAUAUAUGUUAAUUUGCUAUUUUGCUUGAACUUGUGGGCUUAAUUAUGUGCCUAAUUAGCUUUUGUAUCCGUCUUAAUGUAUCCCUAAGCCUUAAGUGACAAAUUAAUGGAUCCUUUGUAAGUCUUAUUACUAUUCUGUGAAAGGCAUCACUUUUCAUGGGCCACACCAAAAUCGGCCCACAUCCUCCAUUGAGUUCCUCAAUAGCCAUAGCCCUGGGUAACAUGUAAUCUCAUUGAGGUGACCAAGCUGCAGGAUGAUAACUUUGUUAUGAUCAGUUUAAACUCUGAAUAUAUUAUAAUUUUCUUUUUUUCUUAUCUCGUUUAAGUCUUUCACAAUAGGACCAGAACAGUGACAACCAGCCGACAUGAAGCAGUUAUAUACAUGCCCAAGUUCCAUAGCUUAUGGGGAGUAUGGUGAUGUUGAGAUGCUGACUCAUGAUCUAGCUCGUCGUUCCCCGGCCCGUUGUUUGUCUUUCGACGAGCGAGUUAGGUCUUGGAUGAGGGGUUGAUUGUCUAAUAACUUGUCACAUGUUUAGUGUUGGUUUACUAUAUGAUCUAUAUUUUAUAAUCUAAAAUAAAAUAUCGAGGAUGCUACAUGCAACUACGCAACUAACCCUUAGUUACUUUAGCUAGCUAGCUAGCUAUCUCCACCAUCGAUUGAUUUGUUAUCCCGGCUCGAUGUUUCUACUUAGAACUCAAUUUGGAUAUGCAUAGAUGCACUAUAACUUUUUGUUGAAAUCAACGGGUAAAUGAAACUACGAUGACUUGCAAGUCUCAAAACUUUUAAUAAGAAAUCUUUUAACCAAUGUACCGCCAAUCCAAUUUAUUUCAAUAACCCGGGAAUCAUUUGAAAACCGUCAAUCCAAUUUAUUUCAAUAAAUCGAGAAUCAUUUGAAAAUCUUACAUGAAUAUUCCAAUGACCCGAGAAUCAUUCCAUAAGUAAUUUUUAAAUGGAAUAUGAUUGAUGAAACAUGACAACUAUUACUUCUGGAAUUCAUCACAACCGUUUCCUUUUGUUAAUCAUCCAUUAGCACGAUCCAUGCACAUGUUAGACAGAUCCACAACAGCGUGUUUCCAGCAACUAUUACUCUUCUUUCUUUCAGUGAAUCCAGACCACAAAUAGGGCUCAAAAUAAAAAAAGAAGUUUAGUUAAUCAUAUUCUUAUUAAUUAAUGGCUUCCAGUAAUUAAAGAAGCAAAUUUUGUAACCAUGGAGAUUGUCAAGACCUCCACAAUCCAUUAUAUUCUCAACUUCAUUGACAAAAUAAAACAUACAAGUCAAAUUAAUAAAAAUAUUUAUUAGAUUCCUUUUAAUAGGGUACGUGCACAAGAACCCUUAACUUAUGAUAUCAAUCGAUGACAUAGAAGAAGCCUACAGACGUGCGUAAUCGACCUGUUCAAUGCAUGAACCAGACCGAUACACGAAAAUCUGCUGGUUGAAUUCUUCUGUUAGACCCAUUUUCUGCACUUUCAAAAUUUUGAAUUGUGUUUGGAAAUAUGAGCUAUAAAACGUGUAGAUUCUUAAGAUGCUUCCCUUUGUAUAUAUAAACUCACAUAUAUGUAAAAGUCGGUCAUGGAAUUACCGAGACUACACUUAUCCAUGAUACAUUAUUUUUUCAUUUAUGUUUGGUUUAGGGAUUAAACAUUGAAGUCCUAUAACUAAAUAACAAAAAAACAAAAGUGAUUUUAUUUGAUGAUAGAUGCAUGUCUUAAUUUAAUUAAGUGGAAAAGAGGAAUGAAAGUUCGAGACACAUUGCCGUAUGCUCACUUAUCCUAAUUUUGUCAUCAAUAUUACAAAUGGCACAAAGUUAGUUUAUAUAAACAAGUAAACAAGCACUUUAUAGUUUAUAGACGAUUAUAUUGACUGAAAACAAAUAAGUGCCAAUUGGUAGUAAAAUGAAUGGUAGUGUGCUAUGGACAUGGGUCUUGAAAUGAUCAACAUCUCUAGAUUCGAAGUCUUUACGUCAUAACCAUUCAAUUAUUAAAUCCAUGUUGGCAUACUUUAGAUUGAAGUGUAGAGAAUAAAUAAAUUAUAGGAGGAUGGAUGCAUCUGGGGAAGAUUGGUGGUUCUAAUCAAGUGACCCGCGAUAUUCAAGACGAAAAUAUGGACAUUGAAAACAUGAUCUAUCAAAGUCCGGAUUUAUUCAACAGAACCUCCUAUAUAAACCCAUCAAGAGCCGAAAACAAUUGUCAUGAUCACGUAUGUGUGUUGGCGAGCUGAAGUCGUGUUUGGUGCCACUCCGAUGAAUGAGGCUGCAGCAAGAGUGGUUCAAUUGCUCUGUUUUCUGCUCAUGUAUAGGGAAAAUCCCAUUGUCGGGGCCCUACAAUAUAGGUUGUGGUCCUAUCUAGCGUUGGCAUGUUCUAUCCGACCUGGUUUGAUCUCCCGGAGGUUAUUUCUCCUCUCUCGAUUCCAGAUUUUAGUUUGUAAUUCCCUCUUGAAACUCGAUUUUUUCAAAGUGUAAGACAAACAAGCUCUUUAUAAUAAUAAUAAUAAUAAAAAAAGCCUAAAACAAGGGAUCAAGCAAGCCCUUGCCCUCCAAUAAUAGGAUCUAACUCCA